CAGACAUUUCUUAACUUGGUCGAUCUCCAACUGGAUGGUGUCAUGAGAGUUAAGUGAGUCAGCUCGGGGCCGCGGAAAAGGUUGCAAGUCAGCUGUAGUAUCCAAUUUAUCCUACAGACAAGUCGACAUUUAUGGCGAGGCAGAUCCCCGCCUGGUCCCGUAAAGUCUAGGGUCUAGAAAAUCCUACCCCUGUCCAGCUUACGGACCGCGCAAAAAAAGCAGUGGGAUAGCGUAGCAGGUAGUUUGCCUCGUUCUCCGAAAUCAAACAUAGUGCUCAAUAUAAGGGUAAUCCUGAGAGGCGGUUAUGGCGCAUGUCUUUCUCACACCGUCUCUUCGCUUUUUAUAUCUGUUCCAGUGUGUUUGUUCUAUAUCAUGUCAGCUGCCAUUCUCGACUUUGGGCUUCUCCAGCGUGAAUUGAGCGUGCUCAAUCUAGUUGUAUGUGGUGUCAUAGCGUAUGUGCUCUGGCGCCUCUGGCGAUUCACCGUCCGCCCUUUCUUCGACCCCGACUCUCCGAGGGAGGUUCCAUAUUUCAUCCCAUUUGCUGGCCAUGCAAUCUCGAUGCUAAGGAACCCCCAUGAUCUACUAUCAUUCGCAAUCAAGUACUGCAAGGGCAGUGGAGAACCAGUCGCUAUCAAUGUAUUCGGACAGACGAUUUACUUCAUCCUCUCCGAGCAGGAUGCCACUGCGGUGCUGAGAGAACCACCACAAGUAUCACAUAAGGAGCACCUCAAGAGCCUCCUAAUGGGCCUUGGGUGCUCAGAAUUAGGGAUCUCGGAGAUGGAUCACGAUUCCCAACCAAAGGCACCAGCAUUAGUCCUGGUAGCGGAGGAGUUCAUGAGGAAGCAGCUCCUGGAAAGGUCUUUAAGUACUGAGCUACUCGCUCGGUCCUUGGAGGUCCUGGAGUCCCACGUUCGAUGGGAUGCAAUCAACGCCCCAACUCUCCUCCGGACCUCUGAGGACGAGCAGGAGCGAACUGUCUCGUUGUGGAAGUGGGCGCAGACCGCGAUCAUCCGCGCAGUUGCUACGGCCUGGUUUGGAGAUUCCAUCUGGAACCUCUCACCGAGUAUCGUUGAGGAUCUGGUGUGUCUUGAAAUGGACCUGUGGAAGCUGCUCUUCAAGUUACCACAGCCAUGUGGCAAAAAGGUUCGUGCUGCCAGGGCCAGGAUGCGACGCUGCUUGAUAGAAUACAUGCGUCUACCCCCGUCUAGUCAGAGCGACCAAUGUUGGGCUGUCAAAAACGCUGUACCAGAGAUGAGACGCCGUAGGCUGAGCGAGGAUGAUAUGGCUUCGUAUUUGCUGAUGGUUCUCUGGGGCUCCAACGCAAACAUCUUCAAAUUGGGCUUCUGGCUUCUCGCACACAUCUGCUCAGACCAGGCGACCCUAACGGCCGUCGUGGCCGAAGUAGACGCCAUUAUAUCAGCCAGUAACCACGCUCAAGAAUCUCUCUCCGCCCUCUCGAUGCGUCUGGAACAAAACCCCCUCCUCGAAGCCCUAUACAACGAAACCCAGCGACUGACGAUAAACUCCGGCUCCGCACGAACCGUCGAGCAAGACGUAACUAUCAACGGCCGGACAUUCAAAGCCGGCGCGCACCUUCUCAUCCCGUACCGCCAGCUCGCCAUGUCUCAUCCACUGCUUGCACAGGACUGGGAUCGCUUCCAACCGGACCGGUUUCUCUCUAAUCCUACCCUUGCACAUAGUAAGAGCUUUCUGCCGUUUGGAGCGGGGAAGCAUAAAUGUGUGGGCCGCUUCCUGACCAAGCGGCUAGCCCUAACUUUUACCGCGCUAGUCGUGCACCGGUUUACAGUGAGCCCGUUGGAUGAACUUCCAGCCAUAGAAUUUACACCGGUAACUUCGGGGCCUGGAGGGCCGGUGGGGGGGAAUGAUAUGCAGCUGGUCAUUUCCCAACGAGAUGUUCUAUCUUAGGACAAUCAAAAAUUAUGA